GAAGUGACCCGUGGCCCGCUGUCCCCGCAGGACCAGGCUGAGAAGAAGGAGAACCCCAUGAGGGAGCUGCGCAUCCGCAAGCUGUGCCUCAACAUCUGCGUGGGCGAGAGCGGCGAUCGGCUGACCCGCGCGGCCAAGGUGCUGGAGCAGCUGACCGGACAGACGCCCGUCUUCUCCAAGGCCCGCUACACCGUGCGGUCCUUCGGCAUCCGCAGGAACGAGAAGAUCGCCGUCCACUGCACCGUGCGCGGCGCCAAGGCCGAGGAGAUCCUGGAGAAGGGGCUCAAGGUGCGGGAGUACGAGCUGCGGAAGAACAACUUCUCCGACACGGGGAACUUCGGCUUCGGGAUCCAGGAGCACAUCGACCUCGGGAUCAAGUACGACCCCAGCAUCGGCAUCUACGGGCUGGACUUCUACGUGGUCCUGGGCCGGCCCGGCUUCAGCAUCGCAGACAAGAAGCAGAAGAGGGGCCGGAUCGGCGCCAAGCACCGGAUCAGCAAGGAGGAGGCCAUGCGUUGGUUCCAGCAGAAGUACGAUGGCAUCAUCCUCCCUGGCAAAUAAAGGACUGCUUUCUUGAUUUCAUUUGUAAAGAUUUGCAAAAUAAAGUUGUAAAAAGCUGAA